UAUGACUAUUUCCUAUACUGGAGAUAUUUGUUCUACUCGUUAUUGGAGUUUUUUACGAGUUAUAUUCCGUUGGAGAGGGUCUAUAUGGAAAUCUGUAUUGACCGAAUUAUUUAUCUGGUUGACUCUAUAUUACUUAAUUAUGGCUAUUUAUGUUACUUUACUUGAUGAAAAAAGCAAAAACAAUUUUGUUUAUUUGGCACAAUAUACAGGAAUUACUGCAGAUUACAUCCCCCUAACUUUUAUGCUUGGAUUUUUUGUAAAAAUUGUUGUUGAAAGGUGGAAUAAUAUGUUUGCGAACAUUGGGUAAUUUUAUUUUAAACAAAACAAACAUUAAAACAUCCAAAACAUUCCCCCAAACAUUUCCCCAAAACAUUCUCUCAAACAUUCUUCCAAACAUUCUUACAAAACAUCUCCCAAACAUCCUCCCAAACAUUUCUCAAACAUUCUUCCAAACAUUUCCCAAACAUUUCUCAAACAUUUCCCAAACAUUCCCCUAAAACAUCCUCCCAAACAUUCUCCCAAACAUUCCCCAAAACAUCCUCCCAAACAUUCUUCCAAACAUUC